UCCGGGAUGGCGCAGGCGCGUUCCGGGAGCUGGUUCUUGGAGCACCGGGAGCCGGGCCGGGCGUGCGGGCGCGCGCGCGGGGAGUGUGCGGCCGGGGCGUGCGUGCGGGGUCUGGGCGGGCCGGGAGCGAUGGCCGAGGGCAGCGCCGUGUCGGACCCGCAGCACGCCGCGCGUCUGCUGCGAGCGCUCAGCUCUUUCCGCGAGGAGUCCCGUUUCUGCGACGCGCACCUGGUGCUCGACGGCGAGGAGAUCCCGGUGCAGAAGAACAUCCUGGCGGCCGCCAGCCCCUACAUCAGGACAAAGUUAAACUAUAAUCCUCCAAAAGAUGAUGGAUCAACUUAUAAGAUUGAACUUGAAGGGAUAUCGGUAAUGGUUAUGAGAGAGAUCCUGGACUACAUCUUCAGUGGGCAGAUCAGGCUAAAUGAAGACACGAUCCAGGACGUCGUCCAGGCUGCCGACCUGCUGCUGCUGACGGACCUCAAGACCCUGUGCUGUGAGUUCUUGGAAGGCUGCAUUGCUGCCGAGAACUGCAUCGGGAUCCGGGAUUUUGCGCUGCAUUACUGCCUGCAUCACGUCCACUACCUGGCCACAGAAUACCUGGAGACGCAUUUCCGAGAUGUCAGCAGCACCGAAGAAUUCCUCGAACUGAGUCCUCAGAAGCUCAAAGAAGUGAUUUCUCUUGAGAAGUUGAACGUUGGCAAUGAAAAAUAUGUAUUUGAAGCUGUCAUCCGGUGGAUAGCCCACGACACAGAAAUCAGAAAGGUGCACAUGAAGGAUGUCAUGUCAGCACUCUGGGUCUCUGGCUUGGACUCCAGUUAUUUACGGGAACAGAUGUUGAAUGAACCGCUGGUUCGAGAAAUUGUUAAAGAGUGCAGCAAUAUCCCCCUGAGCCAGCCACAGCAAGGAGAGGCCAUGCUGGCCAACUUCAAGCCCCGGGGCUACUCGGAGUGCAUCGUGACUGUCGGUGGGGAAGAGAGAGUGUCCCGGAAACCGACGGCCGCAAUGCGGUGCAUGUGCCCGCUCUAUGACCCCAACAGGCAGCUGUGGAUCGAACUGGCGCCCUUGAGCAUGCCCAGAAUCAACCACGGCGUCCUCUCCGCAGAAGGAUUUCUCUUUGUGUUUGGGGGCCAAGAUGAAAAUAAGCAGACCCUGAGCUCAGGAGAGAAGUAUGAUCCAGACGCAAACACGUGGACUGCGCUGCCACCCAUGAAUGAGGCAAGACACAACUUUGGUAUUGUGGAGAUCGAUGGAAUGCUGUACGUUUUAGGAGGAGAAGAUGGUGACAAAGAGCUGAUUUCCAUGGAAUGUUACGAUAUUUAUUCUAAAACCUGGACAAAGCAACCCAAUCUGACCAUGGUUAGAAAGAUUGGCUGCUAUGCAGCUAUGAAGAAAAAAAUCUAUGCCAUGGGUGGAGGAUCCUAUGGAAAACUUUUUGAGUCUGUGGAGUGUUAUGACCCCAGGACCCAGCAGUGGACUGCUAUCUGUCCACUGAAGGAGAGGAGAUUCGGGGCGGUAGCCUGUGGUGUUGCCAUGGAGCUGUAUGUGUUCGGGGGAGUCAGAAGUCGUGAGGAUAUCCAAGUUAAUGAGAUGGUCACUUGCAAGUCUGAGUUCUACCACGAUGAGUUUAAAAGGUGGAUCUACCUGAACGACCAGAACCUGUGCAUCCCUGCCAGCUCCUCCUUUGUGUACGGGGCCGUGCCCAUAGGAGCCAGUAUUUACGUCAUCGGAGAUCUUGAUACAGGUACCAAUUAUGACUACGUGCGUGAGUUUAAACGAAGCACGGGCACCUGGCACCACACAAAACCACUCCUUCCCUCUGACCUUCGCCGCACUGGGUGUGCAGCCUUACGUAUUGCAAAUUGCAAGCUCUUCCGCCUGCAGCUUCAGCAAGGCCUAUUCCGUAUUCGCGUCCAUUCACCUUGAGGAGGAGGCAGAGCGCAACGCAAGAUCCUGCCCCGAGAGCGCCAUGAAAUAGCUUUACGUCGGGGAGAAGAGGUGGCAGCUGAAACCCGCUGGGCGUGCUGGGCAUUGCUGUGGGACCUUCUCGGUGGUUCGUAAUGCUUCAAACGCUCGAGCCUCGGCUCUUGUUUGGGAGAAAGUGUCACUGUGGAAAAAAAUGCCUACGGGAAGCCAUUCCUCUAGUUAGGUGGGCCAUAGGCAAUGGAGGCUAGCCAACACGGGGAGGAAAGGGGGGCGAGUGGGAGUGGGUGUGAGGUAAAACAUCAGUUAAGACACCCAGGUACAUUCCCUGAAGGGAACCAUAGCUGCCUGGCUGCUGGGUUCAAGUGUGUGGCUUUGGUGAAUCAACAACAAACCAUAUAUGCAAGUCAACAUAUCCAGACACACCCAGAUUGCUUUUCUACUGCACUGGGAAGGAUCUAUUAUGCCUAACCCUGCCCGAGUUAAGAUUUGUGCCUAAAAUGUUAGAUUGGACAAUAAGCCAGUUAGUCUCUAUUUAUUACUAGUGUUACGUCUUACGAAUCUUUUAAAAGCCGUAUUAUGAUGGGUUGAAGCUAAGAUAAGAUUUCUCUUUAAUAACAUUCUAUCUUAGUCAUGUAAGGAUGCGAUGAGUUGGUAGUGAGGUUGUGAUGCUCCUGUGAGCGUGCGGGAAGUUGCUGGGCGCUGUGUCACUUGGGUGAGGUGUAGCCUGCCAUCCUUUCUGGGGUGUUACUUUGCAGUUGUGAAGGAGCUCGGCCCGUGCCCCUCUUCCUUUUCAUUUGUUCAAAAAGCAUUAUUUAAGCAUGAGGAUGUCGGGAGAAGGGGAUUUUUCUGAAAGGAAGACUUGAGUUGGACAAAUAAUAUAGGUCUGCUGUGACUGUAUU